AUGGAGGUUUUCUCUUUCGCGCAGUUGUUCUACUUCUCAUUAACACAUUUGGCUGUUUGGGAGGAAAUAAAUACAGGGUUUGUGCUAUACAAUGGCGGUCUGAACACUUUAUCUGCAUCGUUAGCAGAGAUGGCCAGUAUACAGCCUGUUGCCGGGGCUCAGUACCAUUGGACAUACCACCUUACUCCCAGCAUCAGGCGCUCUGUAACGUGGAUCCAAGGAUGGUCAACAUGGUUUGGCCAUGCAACCAUCAAUGUGUCCCUUCUUGCCGGAAUCGCAAACGUCACAAUUCUGCUGCUUGAAGCUAUGAUCCAACUUAACUUUGAGAAUUAUCUUUUAAUGGGAGUUAUCAACAUGUGUGCCUUUUGGAUUAUCCCUUGGGUUGAGUUGAUCACGGGCGUGCUGCAUGUUUGCACAGCAGAGUUCGUGUUCCUUACUAAUGUCACCUCUUCAGGUUGGGAUACCGUUUUUGUUACCUGGAACCCAGGCAUGUUGACAUGCGUUGGGAGCUUCACGAGCUUUGACAGUGCUAUUCACAUGGCUGAGGAGGCGCGCUCUGCCAAAUCUGCCGUGCCUAAAGCCAUGUUCUUGUCUAUCGUCGUGAAUGAUUCGCUGGCCUCGUCGACCCCUAUUGUCACUAUCCUGUUGGGCAUGACCGGUUCUACGGCCGCCACUACAUCGAUGGCCACUGUUUUGUUCAUUACUUGGCUCAACUGUGACCUGGCCUCAAUCGCUUCGCUCUCGCGUCUGACAUGGGCUUGGGCACGAGAUGCUAUUACAGCUCUAGGUUCCAUGGCACUAUCCAUCAGUUACGCCAUUGCCGUAUCAAGCGUGCUAUAUGCGCGGUGGUCAUCGGCAGGCCUGCAACUCGGGGAAUGGAACUUGGGUCGCUGGGGAGCUUGUAUCCAUUCUUUGGCCUUGAUUUACACGCUUCAUGUUAUUGUUUUCCUCCCGUUCCCAUCAACCCUUCCUUUUAUCGCUGCAAACACGAAUCAUUCUGGACCCAUCAGGGUGUUCGUAUUCACCGUCGCUGUCGGGCUGUGGUUUGUCAGAGCAAAAGAGCACUGGGAAGGACCUAAUCUUACAAUUCUGGACUUUGUCAUCGCCAAGUCUUGAGGAAUUUUCGCGGCUACCACGACUCCAAUGCAGUUACGGAUUAUUCGCGUCCAGUAGGCUUCACCCCCCUCAGAGAGACGAUUGCGACGUGGGGGCGGCGGCUGCUCACCCGCCAACAGCAAGAGAGCGUUAUAGCGGACGCAGGUGCUAUAAGUGCGCGCUAAACAGACUAGUUACGGAACAAACUGCAUAACAACAGCGCUC